GGUAAACUUAAAUCAUGCCGUAAUAUGCCGUAUGAUUUCAAAGUUAAAAGUUAUUAGUGGUUUUUGUCACGUGAAUAGUGGAUUUAUUCGAUGAAGCUAACCUCGGCCAAUAGGAUGCACCUAUUUCCAAUUGCUUCAAGGUCUGAGCACUUUUUCAUAUUCAACCUUGUGCUGCUUGCGUAAAUUGGUUCGACCUCUCCAAACCCCAACGAACAAAAGCCUCAAUUGACUUGUCAACCUACCCGUCGCACCUCCCACGAACGGGUAGAACCUCGCCCUCUAUGUUGGCAAGAUCUUGCCUGCGCUCUACGCGCAUUCUCAACGGUGCCAGAAAUGGCGCGACCGCUUUCACCAAGCGAUCUAUCUCGUCGUCGAGCUCCGGAGCCUCUACCGAAUCUCCGAUGAAACUAAACAUAGCCGCCGCGGCCUCAACAACUCUCGCUAUCGGAUCUGUUGCGUGGUACUAUCACCUCUACGGACCCACCGCUCACGCAAUGACGCCUGCUGAAGAAGGUUUACACCCACCAGCCUACCCGUGGGUUCAUGAACAGUGGUUAAAAACUUUCGACCACCAAGCGCUUCGUCGAGGCUUCCAGGUGUACCGUGAAGUCUGCGCAGCAUGUCAUUCACUCAGUCGAGUUCCUUACCGAACGCUCGUCGGAACUGUCCUGACGGUGGAUGAGGCGAAAGCAUUGGCCGAGGAGAAUGAAUAUGAUACCGAACCCAACGACGAGGGAGAGAUCGAGAAACGUCCCGGAAAGCUAUCUGACUACAUUCCUGCCCCAUAUAAGAAUGACGAGGCGGCCCGAGCUGCCAACAACGGUGCCCUUCCUCCCGAUCUCAGCUUAAUUAUCAAAGGGCGUCACGGCGGAUGUAACUAUAUCUUCAGCUUAUUGACCGGAUAUCCCGAGGAACCUCCCGCAGGUGCUCAGGUGGGUGCCGGUUUAAAUUUCAACCCUUACUUUCCGGGUACGGGUAUCGCUAUGGCCCGUGUUUUAUACGACGGACUAGUGGAGUAUGAGGAUGAAACUCCAGCGUCUACAUCGCAGAUGGCCAAAGAUGUGGUAGAAUUCCUCAACUGGGCGGCAGAACCUGAGAUGGACGACCGAAAGCGGAUGGGGUUGAAGGUACUGACUGUCACUACUGUCCUAUUCGCUCUAAGCGUGUGGGUUAAGCGAUACAAGUGGGCGACGCUCAAGUCGAGGAAGAUUGUCUACGACCCGCCCAAGGCAUCUAAUAAUAUCCGUACGUAAAGGCGCCCGCUGCUGUAUGUACUACUAAGUUACUCUACCGCAUCGCUCCUUUGUCAUGGCAAGAGGGAGAGAGGAAAAAGGACGUGAGGCUAACCAAGGGGUCGGAAUAAUCCUGAGUCGCAACUCUAGAGUGUAUAUCAAGUUCCUAAAUUUUAGACGUUCACAGAAGAUUACUUGACAGUACCUAGUACGUGGGGCGACUUGACACUUGACGGAAUGAACCGUACCUGAGAGAGGAUGUUCUCUCCCCUAACCUUGGAACUGGAUUAACUUUUUUACCCCGUUACCCAGGUAUAUAGAUAGGUGUAAAUAUGUUUAACGGCGGUGCAGGUAUUGAGAGUUACUAGGCAAAAAGGCACAUCAAUAUUCAUACUUACUACUAUGUAC